UUUUCCGUAAGGCGCUCGUACGCGUUGUUUUGCCGCCUGCUCAAUAUUUUUGAGGUUAAACACGUUUCCAUUUGUCUGUAUACACCGGUCAAAACGUCAAAAUAUUAUUGGCAGAAAAAUAAAAAAAAAAACAUCGAGCACGUGUGUUAGAUUUAUAAAGUUCGAAGAGAUUAACAAAAGAAGAAGAGUGCUGUGCACGAAGAACGAAGAUUGAUAAAUAAAUAUAAAUAACAAAAUGCCCACGUGGACCCAGAUACAAACUCAGCUUCGAAAUCCAAACAAUCCAGUUGUGUUUUUCGAUGUGUCGGUGGGUACGACGGAAAUUGGUCGUAUGAUAUUCGAACUUUUCGAGGAUGUGUGUCCAAAGACGUCGGAAAAUUUUCGUCAAUUCUGCACAGGUGAAUACAGGAAAGACGGUGUUUCUCUGGGUUUCAAGGGGGCAAUAUUUCAUCGUGUUAUCAAGGACUUUAUGAUCCAAGGAGGUGAUUUUGUGAACGGCGAUGGUACAGGAGUUUUGAGUAUUUACGGCGGUGGAACAUUCGCGGAUGAGAAUUUCAUUCUCAAACACGAUUCGCCAGGACUCUUGUCCAUGGCAAACAGUGGCAAAGAUACCAACGGAUGUCAAUUCUUCAUAACUUGCGCCAAGUGCAAUUUCUUAGAUGGCAAGCAUGUUGUCUUCGGAAGAGUCAUCGAUGGUCUUUUGGUUAUGAGAAAAGUCGAAAAUGUACCUACUGGUCCUAACAACAAGCCUAAAAUACCUGUUACCAUUUCUCAAUGCGGACAAAUGUAGAAUUAUUAUUUUUCAAUCACUCUGUAAUAUAAUUUUAUGCAGAAAAUAAAAAUAUUUUGUAUUUUGCAGCUUAGGCUCGUUGAUCGAUUGAAACAAAUAAAUUCCUUUUUCAUUUUGUAA